GAAGCCCGCGCGCUGGGCUGCGUGUUCGAUCCCAUGAGCUGGAUCUGGGUGCGCCCCGAAUGCUACGAUGGCGAGCUGAUCGCCGAGUUCUUCAGCCAAACCAACUUCUCGUGGCAUACCGAGCCCAAGCUCAAACCCGAGACCAAGUUGAGCAUGGACAUCAUUCACCGUGGUGACCACCCCAAGUUGUUCACGCAGAAGGAUUACCACACCGUCCACUGCUUUUAUAUGAUGAAGAAGAUGCACAAAGCAAUUCUUGAGCAUCGGCCUAUUGACAGCUACCUAACCGAAUGGCACCACACAAACCACUGUGGGCAGGUCAUGCUCAAC